AAAUUGAGCGCGUGCGGCUGAUAUCCCAAUCGCCUGUGUAACACACCAUUGCGUAAUGACUAAGUUGCCGCCGACCAUCCCGGUAUGCGACAACCUUCGACUCUCCGUCACUCAUCGGGACCAUCCGGUCCAGAGCUCGUUCUCGAUGUUUCGACCCGGAUUUAGCCAUUUUGACGAUCCUUUUCCACGUCCUGGCAGCGUCCUCAUCCUCCCUGAAGGCCGAUGACCACUUCUGCCUAUCCCGC